GCAAUUUUUUUAAAUGGUUGUAUAUUAUUGUGCUAUUUUGGAUUGUGUUGAAUUCACAUAUUUUGACAGCACAUGCCUUCCUUCCAAUGGGUAGAAAUGAACCAUGUCAUGAAUUACAAAGUACGUUUGAGGGCCAAUUUCCUAUUGCUUGCACUGGUCACCAAAAUUGCUAGUUCCCUCUUUGCUUAACCUAUUUUGGGAGAAUCUGGUUCUUGAAUUCAAUACCUAUAAUCUAUUGUUUGUGGUUCAGCCCACUUCUGUUCUAAAAAACCUGCUGGUACGUGACUCCUGCUUACACCUUCCUUCCUGCGUCCACUCGCCAGCCCUGAAUCAUCCUGACUCAUUCCAUCUAAAUCUCUGUGUGCCUCCUCACAGUCUACAUCUCUUUCAAGGUUUUACUCAUAUUUCCUUCCUGCUCCUCUUAACGGACAAAAGGCAAAGGGUUCAAGUCAAAAGUAAAGUUUAAGAAGUAAAAGAAAAAUACAGAUUACUUUUAGUAAAGCCAAGCAAUGUCUAUCAGUGUGCCAAACUCCUGUCAUAUUUGACAUAUUAGUAUUAUGUAUAAAUGUAGAUGGUAAUGUUUCUCGGAUUUCCGGCUUUAAUAUUUUAAGGAACUUAAAUCAGGUAGAAAGGUUAGUAGUGACCAGAGCAAUUUCAAUCUGGGCCACUUCGUAUUUUGGUUUAUCUCAUCUGGGGAUGUACAUUGAUGUCAGUGGGCAACUCAGUGGAUAGAAUAUAAAUAAAUUUUGAGCACAUGCUUAAAGUGUGAGAAUGGAUAAAAAGUUAAUUACAGAAAAUUGGCCUUAUUUCCUAUCUAAACCCUUUGAUUUUCUUUGAAAAUUAUGCACUUCUCUUAAAAAGUUAUUGCUUGUCAGUUAUUAUAUUCCACAAUGGAAGGAUGAGGUUUAUAAAUGUUCAAUUUAUGAAAUAAGUGAAUGAAUACAUUUCAGAAAGGAAAAUUUUAAAAAAUUAUUUAAGGACAACCCCCCUUGAGUUAGAGGAAAUAAUUUUUUAUAUAUAAGUAGGAUAUUUAAUUUGAAAGACAGCAAAUAAAAAUUAUUAUGCUGCUUCUCUUUAUUUAAAAGAAUAUAUAAUUAGUAAUAAUCAGAAUUAAUUUAUAUUUGUGAUUAAAAAAAUUUGAAAAUUGGAAGUGGGCAUUUGUGGAAAUAGUAAUAUGUUUCUAGUUCAAGAGCCAUGUAACAAUAUCACUGGUAUUGGGUAGAAAUGUUAAAGACUUACUGUAACACCUGUCAUAGCAACAAGUCUUAUAGAGGUAGUCCUUGUUAAGGACUGUGGGAUGUUAUUAACAUCCCCUGAAAAGUGACAACUCCCAAGACAUAAAAAUAUCCUGGAAAGUACAUGAUUGUCUGACCACUGUGCCAUACGUCUGAAACCAAUACAAAACAAUAUUGAAUGUAAACUGCAAUUGAAAAAUAAAAAUAAAUAAAUAAUCAACAACAACAAAUAUUCUGGAAAAUCAGCAAAAAAAAAAAAAAGAUUAUAAAAGAUUAUACCCUAAGUAUACAAAGAAAUUAAACAUUAUAGGGAAACUCUCAGUAUUAAUUUUAAAACAGAGAUAAAUAUUUUCUCUUGGAACAGAUGGUUCUUAUAUUAUUAAUUGUGUUACUGCUCCCUACCAGCUCAUUUGGGCAUUAUACAAGGAUACAGAGGAAAAAGGUAAACCAUUUCCCCUAAGUUAACUAAUGUAGUGGAAAGAGCAUUGAAUUGAGAGUUGUAAAACCCUGUCUCUGUUGUUAGCUGUGGCACUAAUUAGUUAUGUGAGUUACCUUGUUCAAAUUAUAUUUCUCUGGACAUCAGUUUCCUUAUCUAUAAAAUGAGGUCAUUAGGACUAAAUUAUGUUUAAGACUCCGAUGUACUUUCUAUGUUUCUCAUUGAUUUUUAUUUUUUAUUUUCUAAGUGCUCAAUUACUACAUUAUUUAAGGUAUAUUUCCUAGUGGUUCUUUUUUUUCCCCCCCUCUCCUCCCUCUGUCUCUUUCUUCAAUAUAUGGGAUAGGAGGAUAUUGAGAAAGUCUGAAGGAAAGAAGGAGGGAGAAAAUUAGCUACAGGAAGAGUUUAUAAGCCCCUCUACAAGAAAGCCUGAAUACAGCUACCACCGCUUUAAAAGGAAUGAUUUAUGUCCAAACAGCAUUUUCCAGACAAGCUCUGUACUUUUUUGCCAACAGAACAAACUUUAAACUGAAGGCAGUAGACAGUUAAACAAGAGUCGGCACUGGGAACAGCUGUGAGUAGACAAGACCAGUUACUUAUAAGGAGGCGAUCGAGAACGGAUGACAGCAAAUCAUGAGAGCUACCUCCUCAUGGCGAGCACCCAGAAUGAUAUGGAAGACUGGGUGAAGUCCAUCCGCCGAGUCAUAUGGGGACCUUUUGGAGGAGGCAUCUUUGGGCAGAAACUGGAGGAGACUGUCCGUUAUGAGAAGAGAUAUGGGAACCGCCUGGCUCCCAUGUUGGUGGAGCAGUGCGUGGACUUCAUCCGACAGAGGGGGCUGAAGGAGGAGGGUCUCUUCCGGCUGCCAGGCCAGGCUAACCUGGUCAAGGAGCUCCAGGAUGCCUUUGACUGUGGAGAGAAGCCAUCAUUUGACAGCAACACGGAUGUGCACACAGUGGCGUCACUUCUCAAACUGUAUCUCCGAGAACUUCCAGAACCAGUGAUUCCUUAUGCGAAGUAUGAAGAUUUUCUGUCAUGUGCCAAACUGCUCAGCAAGGAAGAGGAAGCCGGCGUUAAGGAAUUAGCAAAGCAGGUGAAGAGUUUGCCAGUGGUCAAUUAUAAUCUCCUCAAGUAUAUUUGCAGAUUCUUGGAUGAAGUACAGUCCUAUUCGGGAGUUAACAAAAUGAGUGCACAGAACUUGGCCACUGUCUUUGGCCCUAAUAUCCUGCGCCCCAAAAUGGAAGAUCCUUUGACUAUCAUGGAGGGCACUGUGGUGGUCCAGCAAUUGAUGUCAAUGAUGAUUAGCAAACAUGAUCGUCUUUUCCCCAAAGAUGCAGAACUGCAAAGCAAGCCCCAAGACGGAAUGAGCAACAACAACAAUGAAAUUCAGAAGAAAACCAGCGUGGGUCAGCUACAGAACAAAGAGAACAAUAAUAGCAAGGACAGUCCUGUUAGGCAGUGCUCUUGGGAGAAGUCCGAAUCUCCCCAGAGAAGCAGCAUAGAUAAUGGCUCCCCCACAGCUCUGUCAGGCAGCAAAACUAACAGCCCAAGGAACAGUGUUCACAAGCCGGAUGUCUCCAGGAGCCCCCCUCUUAUGGUCAAAAAGAAUCCCGCCUUCAAUAAGGGCAGUGGGAUUGUCACCAACGGGUCCUUCAGCAGCAGUAACGCAGAAGGUCUUGAGAAAGCCCAAACCACCCCCAAUGGGAGCUUACAGGCCAGAAGGACCUCAUCACUGAAGGGCUCCGGCACCAAAAUGGGCACCCACAGUGUACAGAAUGGAACGGUGCGCAUGGGCAUAUUAAACACCGACUCACUGGGGAACCCCAUGAACAGCCGCGGCAUGUCCUGGCUGCCCAAUGGCUACGUGACGCUGAGAGACAACAAGCAGAAAGAGCACACAGGAGAGUCAGGCCAGCACAACAGGCUCUCCACCUAUGACAACGUCCACCAGCAGUUCUCCAUGAUGAACCUUGAUGACAAACAGAGUGUUGACAGUGCCACCUGGUCCACUUCCUCCUGCGAAAUCUCCCUCCCUGAGAACUCCAACUCCUGUCGCUCCUCCACCACCACCUGUCCAGAACAAGACUUUUAUGGUGGGAACUUUGAGGACCCUGUUCUGGAUGGGCCCCCGCAGGACGAUCUUUCCCACCCUGGGGACUAUGAAAACAAAAGUGACCGGAGGAGUGUGGGAGGUCGAAGUAGUCGUGCCACCAGCAGCAGCGACAACAGUGAGACGUUUGUGGGCAACAACAGCAGCAACCACAGUGCACUGCACAGUCUAGUGUCCAGCCUGAAGCAGGAAAUGACCAAGCAGAAGAUAGAGUAUGAGUCCAAGAUAAAGAGCUUAGAGCAGCGAAACUUGACGUUGGAAACAGAAAUGAUGAACCUCCAUGAUGAACUGGAUCAGGAGAGGAAAAAGUUCACAAUGAUAGAAAUCAAAAUGCGGAACGCAGAGCGAGCGAAAGAAGACGCUGAGAAAAGAAAUGACAUGCUUCAGAAAGAAAUGGAGCAGUUUUUCUCCACAUUUGGGGAGCUGACGGUGGAACCCAGGAGAACCGAGAGAGGAAACACGAUAUGGAUCCAGUGAGCCGGCUUUCUCCGGCUGUCUCUGGUGGAUCUGGGAAGGAAUCUGGGGUUCCUGUGGGAGGAUCACGGGGGAUCAGGUGACAGGUCACCUGGCUGUACAGUGCUCUAACUGGUGAAGGAAUAUCAUUUACAGACAUUACCCAUCCAUAUCUGCAAUGUGUACCAAAGUUAUAUCACGCCCCAUAUGCUACUGUCAAGUGUUACAACUGGAUAUGUGUAUAUAGAGUAGUUUUUUGAAAAGUAAACUAAAAAUGAGAAGCAUAUCUCAAGAAUUAUUUUAUUGCAAGUCUUGUAUUUAAAAUGUUAAUUCAAUAUGUUGUUGCAAUUUAGCUUGCUUUCAAGCUUCACCCCUUGCACUUAACAUAAGCUAUUUUUGGCAUUGUGUUAUCAUCAGCUUAUUUUAUAGAUCAAUAUUUUUAUUUCCCUUUUUUUGCUGAGGAAAUGAAGAUAAGCAGAUAUAUAAAAAUAUAUAAAUAUAUAUAUAAGAUGAGUUAUUAAAAGCAAAAGAAUACUUUGUGGCUGUGCUAUUUGUGCCAAUAGACCUUACCAUGACCAAAAAAAGAAAUGUAAAACGUUCUAUGAAAUACAGUGGAAUCACCAGGAACCUUUGAACUGCUCUGUCAAUUCUUCCCUCGACACUGCUCAGUUUGCUCUGUGAUGAUUUGGCACUGGACAUGCUGGACCGUGUAAAAAGGUCCCUUUCUUCAGCCCCCUGGUCUGCCUGGCCAGGUCCACAGAUGCCUGUCUGCUACGCAGGAUGCACCUUAGAGGGGCAAAGUGGGAAAGGAAAACAUUUAACCAGCUAUGCCUUGAGUUACUCUGUCCUUCUGGCCUGAGUCUCUGUAACUGCUGGACGGUUACCUGAGAAAGUCUUCCUGCCCUUUGAGAGUUAGGAAAAAGGCUUAAACCACUUGCCCCACCCCUGCAAUGCCAUUUUCUGAGCACCUGCCUCCCACUCAGACCUCUCCCCCCACACCCCCCGGGUGACUGCACUUUGGGGCUUGUCACUCUCAGUUAAACCACUAGAGUGUGUACCACUAAGUGACAUUCUCCUCUCAGUCAGGCCGACUGUUCUGUUGUCACUUGGGAUUCUCUCUGAAGGACACGGAGGGCAAAGGCAUGUUGCAGCAAGAGAGAGGUGAUGGAGGGCAAGGGGACCAGGAGGAGGAGGAGACAGAAGAAAUGAAAUAACAAUUUUGCUUCUGCUUUUUACAGUAUUGUUUUUCCCUGUUGGAAACAUAGUCAUUCACAGUAAUUUUAAAAUGAGAAUGCUUCAAGGUCCAAUUUUGAUGAAUGUGUGAACAUUAGUAAUGAUAACUUUCUAGAAAAGCUCAUGUUUCUCAGGAGUGAGAGUUUGGGGAGAACAGUUCUUCACAUGUCAAUAAGACAAUGCUUUUAUGAAGCCAAACAAAUACAUCUUUCUCAAAGGAAAACAGAAAGUCACCUUUAAAGGCAUAAUUGGAAAUAAAUACCACUUGAGUUUAUGGGAUUGGUGUGUUUGAAGGUUCUAUGUUUGUGUGUGUUUCUUUUUUUCAAUGGGGAGAGUAGCCUUGACAGCAUUCAUUCUUGUCACUGUGCUGCUUUUGUUUACAGCCCUUCAAGGAUCAA